UUUACCAGAGAUUCGAGGGAAAGUAAGAAGAGAUGGCGAAGCGUUUGGGAAUGAGUCGGGACACCGGCAGAGGCAGGAAAGGGUGGUCGUUGACCGCCGCCGUCGAUAACAUCUUCGAAUUUUUCCGAUUGGCAGAGUUCGAGAUCCUUUUUUUCCUCUUCCUCAUCAUCGCUUUCCUCAUCUUCAAAGAUCUCACAUCACGGCCUGAAUACAACCAGCUGCUCGUAAAGAAGCCCGGCGGUGUGGACCUAUGGCCGUACUAGGACUCAGAUAAAAGUGGAAAGUGGGUAAAUCUGCUGCAUAACUGCAUUCCUAAUGGUUACUUAGAUGUUUAAGGCUUGGUUUGAUACCUGAAACAGGGGUAGCUUUGUUUUCUGUUUGGAUACUUUGGUGUGGAUGAGUUCAAUUUAUUGAAUUCCUAGGAGCCCCUCCUGGCUUGAAACUUGAUUGGGAA